GGCAGAACCAGGCUUGCAACGGCAACGCCUCAGUAACCGCACCCGCAUGGCCAGCCUUUGGCCCCUUCCCGGACUCAACUGCAUAUAAACGGGCGCAUUUGACCGACGGGCGCCGACGCGUUCGCCAACCGCGUCACCGGCCCGCCGAACAACGUCGUCGUCGGAGGCGGCUACCGAUCUGAGGCGGCGGAGGGGGCGAUGGGGAAGCUCGCGAGGCUGGUGGACGGCAUCAAGGAGAAGCUGGCGGGGAGCGGCCGGAAGAAGACGAAGGCGGUGUGCUACGACAAGGUGGACAAGACGGAGAGCAUGAGGGUGGAGAUCAGGAGCCGCCGCGCGCGGCAGCUCAUCGCCAAGAACCUCGCCGUCGCUGAUUCCAUCGCCGGGAGCAGCAGCCCCCGCGGCGACGGCGGCAACAAGAAGAAGAAGAAGAAGCGAUUCUUCGCGUCCUGAUCGACAAGAUUGAUGAUUCGGUUCCCUUGCCGUCGAUCAUCUCGUCAACAAUGCUGCUUAUUCAUCUGUGCAGCUAGAUUGCGGAAACCAUGCAUACAUGUGUGCACAUGCAUUCUCUGUAUGCGAUCGAUUUUUUCCUGGGAAUUUUAUUUUGAAAUAGUCGAUUCCUGAUUAAGCGUCUAUAUCAGAAUGGAUUAUUCAAAUGCUGCAGUUAGUAGAAGUGGAUUUGGGUACUUAUGAACUGUAAAGCGGUUGGUCUUCUUCUUUUUUCACAAUAGAGACCCACACUCUCAGCAACAGAGGUCUGAGCGUUGAGGAUCGAAUCCGGAUCGACUGCCUGGGCCUGGCUCAAGGAAUGGUUGGUCGUCUUUUUAGGUGGAGGCUUUAGAUGCACGUGCUCUGCACAUGGAGACCACAAGCGUUGGUGAUCUUAACUGA